AUGGACUCCAACAUCUCCCAAGCCUUGCGAAAGGAACUCACCUGCUGCAUCUGCUUGAACUACCUUACAGACCCUGUCACCAUAGGCUGUGGGCACAGCUUCUGUAGGCCCUGUCUAUACAUUUCCUGGGAAGAAGCCAAAACUACCCGUUGUCCUCUAUGUGGGGAAACAUCAAAGAAGACAGACAUCAAAUCCAAUAUUCUUGUGAAGAAUCUGGUGUCCCUUGCUAGACAAGCCAGUCUCUGCCAGUUCCUGAGCUCUGAGGAUCAGAUGUGUGGGACACACAAGGAGACAAAGAAGAUGUUCUGUGAAGAGAGCAAGAACCUACUCUGUUUGCUCUGUUCUUCCUCUCAGGAGCACGAGGCUCACAGACACUGUUCCAUUGAAUACGCUGUUGAGAAGUACCGAGAGAAGCUUUUAAAACAAAUGAGGUCUUUAUGGGAAAAGAUCCAAGAAAAUCAGAGAAAUCUAAACGAGGAGUGCAGAAUAAUCAACUUGUGGAUGGAACAACAAAACUUUGAGGAAUUGAGUGAGUCCGUGCAACUGCACAUGCCCCAGCCUGUGAACCCAGCGCUCAGUGCAAGGCCCAUCACUGGACUGAUAGACAGGUUCAACCAAUUCCAAGUGAACAUUUCCUUGAAUUAUGAAACAAGCAGUCACGAUAUCAUGCUGUCUGAUGACGUGAGAAGUUUGAUAUUUAGACGUGACCUUCAAGAGGUGCUUUUUCAAUCUGGAAGAUCCAACUACUUUGCUACAUGGGGAGACCAGGCCUUCACCUCUGGAAAACACUACUGGGAGAUGCAUGUGGACAGCUCUUGGGACUGGGCUAUAGGGGUCUGUAAGGAUACUUGGCUAAGGAAGAACUGCUCAGUGAUUGAAUCUGGGGACACAUUUCUUCUUUUAUGUGUGAAGGGGGAUAAUGGUUAUCAUCUUUUCACCACCUCCCCAGUGCUUUCUCAGUACAUAGAGAAACCUCUGGGGAAGGUUGGUGUGUUUGUUGAUUUUAACAGUGGAAGUGUGAGUUUUGUUCAUGUUGCCAAAAAUUCCCUCAUAUGGGAAUACCCCACUUACUCCUUCAAUUACUCGCUCCGGCCUUUUUUUUGCACUGGCCACACAUGAUCGUGGAGAAGUGAGGAACUUGGGAACUCUAUAUCUGAAGGAGCCCACACACGAUCAUGGAGAAGUGAGGAACUUGGGAACUCCAUAUCUGAAGGAGCCCAUCUCAGCUGAAGCUGAUCAGUCAUACUUUACUCUCCCUUAGGUUGUUCCAUUUUAAUGUAUCUUUGUUUUACCAUUGGUAAAAAUAAAGCUGGUGUGGCAAUGCAAAAUUUGUUGGCUUAAUUGUCUUUCAAUUAAAAUCAAGUCUCAUGGUCCUUUUCCUGAAAGACAUACUGUUUUUAUUCAUCUACUUUGUGAGUUGGCUAGAGUUACAAGACUAUAUGACUGUGGGAUUCCAUCUUAACAGUUUAAUGCAGGAACACAGAGUGUUUGCAUCAUAAAGCAACUUGGUUAUCUGCAGUGCAAAUGUCAGUCUGAAAUAUUCUACUCCGUCAUCAUGAUCUAGUAAAAUCAUACUCAACAAUUCACCCUUGUUGGUGUUAGGUGCCAGGAAGUCCACUCUGACUCAUAGCAACCCUGUGUACAACAGAAGGAAGCACUGCCCAGUCAUGUGCCACCUCACAGUCUUUGCUGUGCUUGAGCCCAUUGUUGCAGCCACAGUGUCAAUCCAUCUCCUUGAGGGUCAUACUUUUUUUCAUUGACCUUUCACUUUACCAAGCACGAUGUCCCUCCCUAGAGGCUGAUCCCUCCUGAUAACUUGUCCAAACUGCUUGAGACAAAGCCUCACCAUCCUUGCUUCUAGGGAGCAUUCUUGUACUUCUUUCAAGACAGAUUUGUUCUUUCUUCUGGCAGUCAAUGAUAUGUUCAAUAUUUUUCUCCAACGACAUAAUUCAAAGUCACCAAUUCUUAUUUGGUAUUCCUUACUCGUUGUCCAGGUUUCACAUGCAUAUGAGGCGACUGAAAAUACUGUGGCUUGUGUCAGGAGUACCUUAAUCCUCAAGGUGACAUCCUAGUUUUUCAUCACUUUCAAGAGGGCUUUUGCCACAGAUUUGCCCAACACAAUAUGUCAUCUGAUUUCUUGACUGCUGAUUCCUUGGGUAUUGAUUGUGAACCCAAGUAAAUUGAAAUCCUUGACAACUUCAAUCCUUUCUCCAUUUAUCUAUCAUGUUGUUGCUUAAUGGUUCAGUUGUGAGGAUUUUUGUUUUCUUAAUCUGAGAUGCAGUCCAUACAGAAGGCUAUAGUAUUUGAUCAGUAAGUGCUUCAAGCAGUCUGCACUUUCAGCAGUCAAGGUUGUGUCAUCUACACAUGGCAGGUUGUUAAUGAGCCUUCCUCCAAUCCUGAUGCCAGGUUCUGGGAUUAUUUGCUCAGCACACAAAUUGAAUAAAUAUGCUGCAAGGAUACGACCCUGACCCACACCUUUCCUGACUCUAAACCACACAGUAAUCCCUCGUUCUGUUCUGUCCAAACAAAUGUCUGUUAGUUUAUGUACAGAUUCCUCACAAGCAUGGUUAAGUGUUCUGGAAUUCCACUUCUUCACAGUGUUAUCCAUAAUUUGUUAUGAUCCACACAGUCAAAUGCCUUUGCAUAGUCAAUAAAACAAAAGUAAACAUCUUUCUUGUAUUCUCUGCUUUCAGCCAAGGUUCAUAUGACAUCAGCAAUGAUACCCCUCUUUCCAUGUCCUUUUCUGAAUCCAGCUUGAAUUUCUGGUAGUUCCUGGUUGAUGUAUUGCUGGAACGGCUUUUGAAGGAUCUUCAGCAAAAUUUUACUUGUGUGUUGGAUCACUUUUCUUUGGAAUUGGUGCAAAUAUGGAUCUCUCUCAUUUGGUUGGCCAGGAAACUAUUCCAAAUUUCACAAGAUAGAGGAGUGAACACUUCCAGCACUGCAUGCAUUUGUUGAAACAUCUCAACUGGUAUUUUGUCAGCUCCUAGAGCCUUGUUUUUUGCCAUUUCCUUCAGUGCAGCUUGGACGUCUUCCUUCAGUACUAUCAUCUCUCAAUCAUAGGCUACCUCCUGAAAUAGUUGACUGUAGACCAAUUCUUUCAGGUACAAUGACUCUGUGUAUUUCUCCCAUUUUCUUGUAAUGCUACCUGAGUGGUUCAAUAUUUCUCCCAUAGAAUCCUUCAGUAUCACACCUAGAGAUUUGAAUUCUAUCUUCAGUUCUUUCAGCUUGAGAAAUGCUGAACAUGUUCUUCCUUUUUGAUUUUCUAACUUCAGGUCUUUGCAUAUUUCAUUAUAAUUCUUUACUUUGUCUUCUCAAGACAUCCUUUGAAAUCUUCUUCUCGUAUUUUAUUUCUGUCUUUUUAAUGCCCUUUUGCUUUUUUCAUGUAUAAUGUACUUGAUGUCAUCCCAUAACUUCUCUGGUUUUAGUCAUUAGUGUUCAAUGCACCAAAUGUAUUCUUGAGAUGGUCUCUAAAUUCAGGUGAGAUUCUGACCGUCGUACUUUGCCUCUCAUGGACUUGUUUAAUUUCCUUCAGCUUCACCUUGAGCUUGCACAUGUACAAUUCAUGGCCUGUUCAGUGGUCUGCCACUGGCCUUGUUCUAAGUGAUGAUAUUGAGCUUCUCCAUAGUCUCUCCACAAAUGUAGUAGAUUUGAUUCCGAUGUAUUCCAUCCAGCAAGGUCCAUGCAUAUAGUGAUGGUUUAUGUUGUAAAAAGUUAUUUGUAAUAGAAAAGUGAUGGAUGGAUUAAAAAAAAAAAACAGGA